CAAAAUUUCUACGUGGCUUCGAUUGGAGAUAAAUAUAGUGUAAUAUUCGGUACAAAAAUAUCACUUUGCGGUUCUGUAGAGCACUGUUGAUUCUAUACCUCACGCAGACAUGUCUUCCGACUUUGGGAAUCCUCUUAGAAAAUUCAAGUUGGUGUUUUUAGGCGAACAGAGCGGUGAGUUUUCUGUGACAGCUUGGUGAUGUUCGAAAAGUCAGUUGAUCACUGUAAUAAAUGGUGGGUUGGACCCGGUCAUUCUGGGUUUUAGUAAAUGGUUGUGUUGUCUACUUUUAGUGGGAAAGACGUCUCUUAUAACAAGAUUCAUGUACGAUAGCUUUGACAAUACUUACCAGGUAGGUUAUAGAGAUUACUAGUUUUCAGCUGUUUAACAACUUUUUCCAAGUAAGAUUCGUUUUUCCCGUCGAGUUUUCAUGUAUUUUACCCGCGAAAUAUGCUUGAAGGUUCAGUAUUUACCCAUAUACGAGCUGAUGAUAAUACUGCUUUUUGCAUACUUAGCAAUCCUUUCCUGAGUGUCAAUAUUAUUUUCGCUUUACUGUUCAGCGCAGUUGUGGUGGGAAAUAACAUAGCGGAUCCCUUAAAGGAAUCAAACGAUUUAAUCUUGUAAAAUUUGUAAACUGAGGGUGACUUAUUUUCCUUCCUGACUAAAUGUCGGUAAAGCGAAAUACCGUCAAGGGAGUUUUAUUGAUUACUAACCACUGAGAAUAAAGCAGACAGAAAAAAGCUAAAGAUCAGUUUUCAAUACGGUUUAUUUUACUAGAAAGUAGGACAGUGAAGGAGAUUUUGAAUUCAGGAAAUGCUACUGCACAUCAUUUAUAUGUACAUUGGUAUUGAAACCAUUACAGGAAAUCCUUUACUGUCGAUCUUGCCUUAGUGUAAAGAAAUUAUAUUCCUGACUUAGGGAAAUUCAGAUAAACAUCAAAGCAAUAAAGAAAACAUUUACCUAUGGAAAUUUGGAUGAAUGUCAAUGUAUUCUUGAAAAGAAAACCUGAAACCUUGCACUUUAUGUGGUGAUGAUAUGAUUACUCCAUAUCAAUUAAGCUUUUACACCCUAACAUCAGUAUUCAUAUUCUCCAUAAUGUUCUCCAUAAAUUUCUUAAGGUGCUGAAAAGGAGAAUUUGUUUAACAAUUCACAGUUGGUGAUCAUUCCCUCAAUUCUUGUGAUGUUAAUAUGUUAUUCAGGGGAGAAAUUGUAAGGAGAAAUUAGAUGCUAGUCACUCUUAGGGUUUAAAGGGUUAAUUUCCCUUUUCUACAGGCAACAAUUGGGAUAGACUUUCUGUCAAAAACCAUGUAUCUUGAAGACAGAACGGUAAGUAUUUAAAAUUAUUUGUAUGUUGUUUAGAUGCGAGUUAAAUACUUAACUGCUAGACUUGGUAUACUCUGCACUGUGUUUCAAAUUAAAAUGAUUGUGGACUGAAUGUGCAUGAAAGGCUAACAAAACAGCAUAGUAUGAGAAUCUGAGUGCUGGAAGUAACCAUGGAAACUGUUACAAUAACAUGUAUAUAAGAUAAAGUUAGAAUACUUGCUAUUUACUCGACCGAUGAGAUUAUUGAUAAGCUGGUAUGCACUGUAAACUAAAUCUUUGUUAUGAGUGGCACUGGUUAGAAACAAAAGCAAAUUUUCUGUUUAAAUUACGUAGCAUCCAUUUUUGAUGCACUCUUUGGUAUCAGGUAAAUCCUUACCUCAAUUUCCAUUGUUAUCUCAAAUACAGGUGUAAAAAUGAAAGAAUUAAGGUUACUUUUUCUGAAAAGUUAAUUUUCAAGAAUAACAAGGCUUUUGUAGCUUUGUUUGAGAAGUAUAUCCAGACUGUAUUUGAUUUACAUGUACAGGUUAAUCAUAUAAAUGCACUCAGACAGAUGUUUGACAUUGUCAAUAAGUGGAAUAAGAAGACAAUUUGUUGAUUUUUACCGCAGGUGAGACUACAACUUUGGGACACAGCAGGCCAGGAGAGAUUUAGAAGCUUAAUACCCAGCUAUAUCAGAGACUCAAGUGUGGCUGUAGUAGUUUAUGACAUAACAAGUAAUGCAACAUUUUGUUUUAACUGUACACAUUCAACAAUAACAACAAUACUGCAAUUUUACAUUUGAGCCACUUUGCAAGUCUCCUGUAUCAUUAACACAUUUGAUUACUUUGUUUUUAGACUAUAACUCUUUCCAACAAACAGCAAAAUGGAUUGAUGAUGUUAGAACAGAGAGAGGGAGUGAUGUCAUUAUUAUGUUGGUUGGAAACAAGACGGAUCUCUCAGACAAAAGGUAACACCCAGGUGUCUCUUAGUUAACUGCAUGAAAAUAUGAACAUACAAAUAAAUGUGAUUUUACUGAUACAUUUAUUUUGACAUCAACAAAUGAAUAUUAUAAAUAAAGAGACCUUAUUUUAAGCCUCACCCUUAUGUUUAUUUUGACUUUGUAACUUUUCCUUGAUCAUGAUCACCUCCCCUGUUGUUGUUUUAUUGGAUGUCACUGUUUUCCUAAGCCUGCUUUCACAAGCAGAGCAUUCCUUUGUUUAGCUACAAUUGCACUUUAAAAUGUCAAGAGAGGAAAGCUACCCCCAUAUACAUACAGUUUUGGUAAAGAGGAUUAAAACCACUUUCUUCCAAGUACAUUCAGCACUGUGAGGCAAUGAUCAUCAACAACUAUUUUCAGGUUUUGUAGGUGAUAAAAUUAUGUCAACUUCACUUGCAACGUCAGUGAUUCUCUGUGUUUGUUUAUUGUUUGCUUUUUUUUUUAUAUAUAUACAGACAAGUUACAACAGAAGAUGGAGAAAGAAAAGCAAAGGAAUUAAAUGUGAUGUUCAUAGAAACAAGUGCAAAGGCUGGGUACAAUGUGAAACAGGUAUGUUUCAAAUGCUUCAUUUGAAGAGAUAAUUAUAACAACGAUUAUCCUAUAACCUAAACAACAUGGAAAUACUAAAAAUGGAGCUGUGAGAGUCCAGUUCUUGAUUCUGAAAUCAGUCUGAAAAUAGUUAUUUCUGUCUCCAAAAAAAACUCUUUAAGUUAGUCUUUCCCCCUCUUUCUUUUCUCAUGAAAAGAAUUUAUGAUGUUUUCAGAUACAAAGCAUGUGGUCAUAACAGGUGUAUUGUUUUUCCAACAGCUAUUCAGGAGAGUUGCUGCAGCAUUACCAGGCAUGGAAAGUACAUCAGAUAAACAGAACAAAGAUGACCUUAUAGAAGUUAGACUAAAGGACACACCACCAGAACCCCAACCGCAGAGUGGAGGCUGUGUCUGCUGAUUAUGUACCAAAAGCCAAGACUUUAGAGUGUCUUCUGUUGCAACUAUUCUUCCUCCUUCUAAAGUUUGAGACAAACUAGACAGACUUUGCAGCUUCAAUAAUUUAUUGUUGACUUCUAAUAAUGGGCUAAUAUUGCAUGCUUUGCUGCAAAAUUGUAGUUGCAAGGCUUCACUGUGUUUAUUUUUGUUUUAAUUAAAAAAGCCUUGGUUUGAAUUCUGCUAGUCAACAAGUACUCCUUGCAGGAAAUUGCAUAGAAUGGAAAAUAAAGCAACGUUUGUUUUUAAUCAUGGAAAGCCAUGAAUUCAAAUAGCAGAGGCAAUGGCAUUCUUAUUUAGGAAAAACAAUAAUCAUUUUUUAUCACAAGAACUUUAAAAAAAGUUAAUACACAUGUAUCAGUACAGAUACAUAAACACAAAACAAAGCUUUCACUUAGUUCAAUUACCACUUUUCUCAGUGAGAAAUUUAUAAAAGUUUUACAACUCUGAAAAAGCAAGUGAUAAGUUUAAUCCAAAGGGAGUUUCAAUUUGCAGAACUGUGUUUCCUCAACCAAGCUUGUUUAUUUAAUGCUUAAUUAACAAGCCUGAUAACUCAUUUAAAACUGUUUUAUGCACUUGGCAUAAUCAGUAAUCAGUAUUCAAUGCUAUUUGACUGUGAAUCAGGGGUUUCAAUUCAGUUUUUCUCAAGUUACCAACAGGGGUGGAAUAGGUGACUGUUGCCACUAAACAAGACCAUAGAAAUCUAAUAAAUAAAAUCUUAAGAGAUAAAGUUAGGAUCCUUAAACCCUUUCACUCCAAAGAUCUUAUUAGUUAUUCUCCUUACUUUCUGCCAUACAAUUUUUAUGAUGAAAGUUCUGGGAAUUUGGUAUUUGAUCAACCAAGUAUUCCAUAGCUGAUAUCUGUUUUUAAUCUCAUCACUUGACUCCUUGAUAUUGUUUCAAUCUUAUAGGGAGAAAUUCCGUCUGGGUCACUCUUGGCAGUCAAAGAGUUAAGGUCAUGUAAGAAGUAGUAUAACUGUUUAAAACUGUCUUCAUUGAAACCUUUCAGAUAACAGUAACUUGUUACCUUAAGUCAGUAUUUACGGUUAUAAAGAAAAAGAAAAUAUAAUAACAUCAAGGUCCAAACUGGCAUUACUGCAUGUGAUUGUAUUAUUUGAACUUUGUAGUAUAUAGUAUUUCUUCUAGUUUGAUCAAAAGAUUACUGAUGUCAACCCUCCAAAAAAAAUUUUGUACCCUGAUGACAUAGGUAAUUCUAUUCUCAAUAUGUUUAGAAAUGAGAAAAGACUCAAGGAAACCUUUGCUUGAUUUGUUUGCCUAGUAGAAUUGAGGAAAGGUGAUGCAUUUAUGCUGAUGGGUAGUUUUUAGAUGAAAGUCGCACUGCAUGUCUGGCCUUUGCAAACUUCUGUUUGUAAUAUGUAACAAGUAAUAUGCAAAAUAACAAAGAAAAAUCUCAAAGUAAGAUAUCAACCAGGUCAUCUGUUGCCACCAAUAUUCCUAGAUUAUGUUCAGUGACUGACAUAUUUUUAUGUUUUGAAAUACUUCACCUGUGGUUCUUUUGUUGUUAAUCUUUAGCCAGAUAAUUUUCAUAAUUAUUAUUGUUCAAACUUGUUUUAUAGAAUAAAUUCUGUAUAAUUUUGUUCAAAAG